ACUUAAUGAUAUCUUAAGAGAGUUUUAUUACACAAUAAGAAAUCAUGAUGGAAAUACCUACAGUGUGGCAAGCUACAAGUCAAUGCGGGCCGGCUUAAACCGGCAUCUCAAAAUGCCACCUUAUAAUCGUCAGAUUUGCUUAAUGAAGGACAAAGAGUUUGCUAGUGCAAACAUGGUGUUUGUGAGCGUGCUGAAGAUGCUGCGCAUGCAGGGGAAGGAUGAGACUCACCACCAUCCUCCUAUAGCUGCUGAGGACUUGCGUAAGAUUAAACAAUCUGGUGUGCUGGGUUUGCACAGUCCACUGGCACUCGUCAACAAGGUGUGGUUUGAUUUGCAGUUGCACUUUGCCAAGAGAGGGAGGGAAAUUUUGAGAGAUCUGGCUCCGGAUGCAUUUGUUGUUGAGAAGGACAAGAAUGGGCGUCGCUAUGCUAUGUUUAGGUAUCCUGGCAAAGGAAAAAAUGGAGAAGAUCCUCAUAAAAUGGGUAAAAUGUAUGAUAUGCCAGGUGACCCAAACUGUCCUGUUUUUUCACUGGAACUUUAUUUGUCCAAGCUGCCUCCAGAACCCCCUGCCUUUUAUCUGCACCCCUUAAAGCUAACAUCAGAGCAAAUGCAAGAGCAGCCUGUCUGGUACAAAAGAGAACCAAUGGGUGUGAACUACCUGGGUACCAUGAUGCCCAGGAUAAGUAUGGCAGCCCGGCUCUCUCAGCGGUACACCAAUCAUUCUCUCCGAACUACCACCAUUCAGCUACUCUGUGAAGCAGGACUGGGGCCUAGAGAAAUAAUGGCAGUGACAGGCCAUCGCUCCGAGUCUGCUAUUAGACACUACUGGGGAUCUGCAGAGGUUCGCUACAGGGCCUGGUCAGAUGUAAUGGAAAAUAAUGCCCCCAAUUACCUAUAUAGCAAGAUCCCAAAUGAAGUGAUAAAAGAAUCACUGUCUGGUGCCUCCACCUCUUCUGUAAAACACGUUGUUCUAGAACAAAACAAAAUUUUAUUCCCUGCGAAAUCAGUGGUGCCACCUGGCAUUAAUUCUGUGGCUUUAGUCCCCGAGGGACACCCAGCUCUAAAUUGCAAAAGCCCUGUCCUGUUGAAUCACAGUUCUUCCAAGGUGUUUCUCCCCAAGAAUGUGACCAGUGGGAACCUAACUGCCGGUCCCCUUCAAGGCUGUUGUAACAAACCUGUCUUUAUAAAGCGUGUGAUAAAACAAGAACCAAUGACUUGAUGCUUCUGUAAUGGAACUGAUUUCAAAUUAAUUGCUAAAAUGAAAAAAUUAUCAGAUUUGUUUUUUCACUUGGUCUGCUAAAGAAAUUUCUUAUGGUCUAGUUAAGCAAGAAGAAUCCUGUUCACAUUCAUGAUGUGAGCUAUGGAACAGAAAAUUAAACAGAGCGGGGCUUGGAGUUUGUAUGACUUUUUGUGGCAACUGGGACUCUUUAGGUGGCUGAGCAGAGCUAUUUUAAAAAUAUUAAAGGGAAAUAUUGAUUUCCAUUUAGCUGAAGAUGUGCUUUCUUCACUAAGAGUGUGGGUUUUAUAUUUUGUGAGGAGUGUAUUUAUCAUACCAUUUUGUGCCUGCUGGCACUGAUGUAGCAUCUUACAAAUCAAAUACUUGAUUACUGAAGAGCACCAAGAAGGUGGAAGCUGAAUUAAAUAGAUGCAGAUGCACUACAAAUAUAUACAUAUUCAUGAAAACACCUGGAAUUGCUUGACCACUGUUGCCCUCUGUUCAAAUUGUUAUCACACCUACCAGAGGAUUGUGCCUUUAUUUUUUUUUCCAUUCCUCUAAAUUGAUUCCUCUCUGUGAGCUGCAGAUUUGCAUUGCAGGUCUUUCCUUUUCCUAUUUAAUAUUUUGGCUUAAGAUUUCAGUUAUUCGGUUCUCCAGAGGCACCGUUUGAUAUGCAUGGUAUUAAAAUUAGGAUCUCUUCAGUUCUGGACAGGUUUGUUGCUUAAAUGGCAGGUAAUUAGAGUCCAAGUGUUGUCUCUGUGCAUGCAAAAGGUUUUUUUGUAUUUCCUCUCACCCACGCCUUCAUUACAUUUCACAUCAUCUUUGCAGUAUAAUCUUUGUCAGUAUAGUAUAAUUCACAAGAGGUAUGUCCUGUUCUUCCCCACUGAACCCUAUCCAGAUAUUUUUUUUGGUUUUAACUUCUUCAGAGUAGUAAAUUGAUCCUGUCAUUAAAUUUCUCAUAGAUCUUUACAGAUUAGAAAUUCUCAGGAUAGUGGAUAUAGGAAUAAUAAUUUUUGUCAGAGAUUCUAACAAAUAAGAGAUCUUCCUGUAAAUAAAAACAGAAAACUGAUCAUAGGAUUCACAAGUUAUGGUAGGUCCACUUUGGAAGAAGAAACAGUGGAGCGUUUAAACUUUUCCAUUAUAUUAACUGAAUGAAAUAAGAAUUGCUUUGUCCUUUUCAAAUGUGUGUACACACGUGCACCACAUGGUUUAUCACACUAAGGACUUCACUGGAAGUGUUUAUGUUGCUCAGCAAUGGACAAAAAAGAGAAAAAUCUCAGCUGAAAUGACAGAUUGACCAUGAUAAAUUCUUAAUUCUGUGGAGAACUUCCUUGCUGGCAUAAGCUUUCAAAUAUUGGAUGAGAUUUAUCGCUCUAUUAUAGUGUAUAGUCUACACAGACACUGCUAUAGUCUGCACAGAGGGCUUGAUGCCUGAACUUCUGAGUUUUUAUCUUGGCUGAUAAUGUUUGCCUUUGUGGCCUUGGGUAGGUUACUCAUACUUAAUGCAUCCAUUUUCCAAAGUGUAAGACUAGCACAAUCCUCCAUUUUCUGAUGGAUCGUGUUAACAAUUAAAAAGUUUUAAAAGUUGUGUAGUCAUCUUGUGUAUUAUAUUUACAGUCACUUUUAUUUGCUGCUGUUACAAUGAUUGAGAUCAUUGAUCAGAUGUAAUUGUUAAUACAAAAAUUAUUUCUGCACAGUCCUGUACUUCCUUAGUUGCAACAUUAAUUUACAGCGUCAGUGACUAGAGGAAAGAAAGCAUGGAUCCAGAAUUAUAAUUUUGUCAAGCCUAAAAUAAAUAGAAAUGGUAAAGAAGUAAUCCUUUCUAAUGGCUAGAUAGAAGAAAAAGUGAAAAAACAAAGGGCAAAAAGUUCUUACAAUAUGCAAGAACUUAUUCUAGAUAUAUAGUCUAGGUAUAUAUUUAGGGUAACACGGAUUUCCAAAUUUUAGGGAUUCAUAGAAUUCAUAAUUCAGCCACACUGGCAAAUUUAAUUUCUUGUUUGAAGAAAUUCACCCUAAACUUUCACCAGGAUGGGUAUGUAUUACUUUCCACCCCAGAAAAUACUCCUGUCUUUUUCUCAGGUAGUUGCUUCUUCCAGCAUACUGGCAUUGUACAUUUAUCCUGCAGAAACAAGUAAAGUAUGUUGCCAGAAGACUAUUCUUUUUUGUUCCCUCUUGCUGUGUACUGUGGUCAUACUGAGCACAUGCCCUGCUCUGGUCCUAACUGUAUCUGGGUGACUUACUGUAACAGCGUAUUGCUGCUGGCUUCGUUCUUUAAUACAAAUCUACUCAGUGAUUGAAAUAGAAAAAGAGAAUAUUUGGCCAAUUUUGGCAUGUCUCUGAUUCUUUUUUAUUAUCAUUUGGCUUCUAACUUGACUUCCAUUGUGUUGGCCUAUAAUUGGGUAUUUUUGGAUUCUCAUUUGUUAAAUUCUAAUUCUGUUGGCACCAACUAUACAGUGUCCUCUUGCUACCUUCAGUUUGAACCUGAUGCUUCAAAGCUACUGACUGCAGUAUUACUAGCUUCUGGUUUUUUGUAUGGGAGAGGGUUUUUUUUAAUGAGAAAAGUAUUCCUAGUUUGAGCUGGAAGUAUUGCUUCAUAAGAACUGGGGUCAUUGUUCACUAAGCUUUCCGUUAAUAUUCGAAUUAAUUCUUAUUAAUGGAACAUGUUUCUAACCUUCCAGAACUGAAAAAUCUUUCUCCUGUUUCCCCUCCCACCUCUAAAGUGUUAAAUGAAUCUUUCCUACAUGUAUUUUGUUUCUAGAAAAACUGAAGCAGACAAACAGAAUGGGUGUUUUGCUGCUUUUGUAAAGUCAAUUUUGGGUGUGCGUACAGUAAUACUGGGAGCAGGGGGUCAAGUUUCAAGUCAGUUUUAUUCAUUGCAGUACAGGUUAUGCUUUGUGAACAUCGUGAAUUGUAUCAAAAUGGACAUGAAUUGUACUCCUCAGUCACAGUAUCAGCAGGGAACCUCAAACAGCAAGAUAACAGUUUCCUUUUUUCCUAUUAUUUUCUCACUGUAAGUGAACCUGGUUGGUGAACCACCCGGUUAAGUACAGUUUGUUUAUCUAAACUUAAAUUUAGACUUUGACUGUAAACUUGGUGCAAAAUUGUUAAUCAUCAUUUAAAAUUCACUUUAAAAAUCUGAAUAUAACAAAUAUUCUUUGAAAGAAAUUUAUCAUCUAUCACUCUUGAAUUUUCUAAUUAGAUCUUUCCCUAAAAUAAGACUAUUUCAGUUGCCAAAAAAAACCCCAGCACUUAAUCUUGCCUAAAUCAACUGAAUUAAUUUUUUAAGUACUGGCAGCUAUGUUAUUGAUUAAAUUCCAUUUCCCUUGAUGGGGAUGACUGAAAACAGUGGGGAAUGACUGGAACCUUAAUAAUACAUCCAUACAUUUAGGUUUGCGUCUCAUUUUCAUAAUUCAGCUUCGGUACUAGUGAUGUGAAUCUAGGACUUGUUUUCUGUGUGUGUUUUCCUGUUAAGUUUGAAAAUCUCGGCUGUUACUUCAAGGGGUACCCUAAUUACUUUUUGUUUUUAUGAAUUUGGCACAAUAUCUGAGAGUAUGUUAAAUUUUCUUUAAUCUAUGCAUCUUUUCUGUACCGUGUGAAGAGCUCCUUUGUGCAGUGUCAAAUACUUGAAGGCACUGAAAGGAUGCUUUGAAAUGGAAUGUGUUUUGAGGUUUGUUGUGGUUUUAGUCUGGUAUAUUUGGUUAUCCUGAACUGUACAGUUUCUCAGUAAUUGCUGUUUAGGGGUCAGUAUAGUCAGAGUUUCUAGUAAGCAGCUUGGAGAUAUGGUUUUGCUGUAUGACUUUCUCCUAUUCUGCAUUCCUCUGUUUCUUACUCCAAGAGGAGUGGCCACAGGGAUGUGGGAGGGGGCAUCUUACUAUGUUUGUAUUAGUCUGUUAUUUUCACCUUUUCCUGCAUACACAGAAAUUUAAGAGUUGUUAUUCAGUCCCAGACAUUUUACCAACAGCCAUUCCAGUGCCUGGGGUCCUAGAGUUGCAUUUCUGAAGACAUGACAAGCACUUUUAAUGUAUUGGGGUAAAUAUUAUUGUUACAGAGGCAAAGGCAUCUUUAAUUAUAUAGCAAAUCUUUAGAACGGUUUUUCAAGUAUUUUAGUAUGUAUCCCAGUUAUAGAUACAGGAUUUAUAUAUAUUAUAUAUAAUAUAUAAAUAGAGCUAUGGUAUACUGAGAGAAUCUAUGAAAGCAGCUUUUAUUAUAUUGUAACAUAAAGUAAGAGUGAACAAAUUUGAACAGUAUUGGAUGUGUUAAAAAUGGCUGGCCUAAGUCAAUCUUCAAGAAUGAUUGCAUCAUAUUUAUUAAAGCACCAGGUCAGGUGAAUAGUCUUUUUUCCCCUGUUUCCUACUCCAGGUGCACCUUAUCCUCUUAUGGAGUAAACCAUUUUUUCAGUCUAAAUUUAAGCUGUGCAUUUCACUUUUCAGCUAAUAUUAGUUUUUUAAAUUGAAGUCUGCAGUGUGCUAUCCAUUUCCUGUUGUUUUUGACAUACCUUGAUUUGUUUGGUUGAACUGCAGUUUAAUUUAAGCUUUUUGCUGACUGUUGGAAAUCCAUCUGGUAAAACGUUAAUAAAGUACAUUUAUAACUCCUAUUCCCUUACUUUGCAAUGUGUAUUAAACUCUGUGAAUGUCUCUUCGGAAAUGUGAGCAAAGUAGAUAUGUCAGCUUACAGUUUAUAAGUAGCUAUUAAUUCUAUGUUGUUGUAGCAUUAUUGAUGAAUAUGUUUCCUUGCAUUUCAUGGUUUUGUCACUGAAAAUAAAUAUAUAAGUAUGUAUGUAAAA